UUUUAAAUAACAACUUCUCUCAGAAACUACAGGCAAGAUGCCAGCCAAGACACCCAUCUACUUGAAAGCUGCUAAUAAUAAGAAAGGGAAGAAAUUCAAACUAAGGGAUAUCUUGUCUCCUGAUAUGAUCAGUCCACCACUUGGAGAUUUUCGUCACACCAUACACAUUGGAAAAGAGGGACAACAUGAUGUUUUUGGAGACAUCUCCUUUUUGCAGGGCAACUAUGAGCUAUUGCCUGGAAAUGAAGGAGAAACCGGAGUUAGCCAGUCUGGUGGCCACAGUGAAUUCUUAAGGGCGAACAGCACUUCUGAAUCCAUGUUUACAGAAACUCCAUCACCAGUGCUCAAAAAUGCUAUUUCGCUUCCUGCGAUUGGGGGUUCUCAAGCCCUUACAUUGCCCUUAUUGUCACCAGUGACAUUUAAUUCAAAGCAAGAAUCCAUCAGGUCAUCAAGAAAUCCUAGGCUUAGCUGCGAGCCAGUAAUAGAAGAAAAAUUGCAAGAGAAAAGUAAACAGAUGGAGGAUGGAGAAACAUACAAACAUGACAUAUGGGAGCAAAAUGGUGGUUCUUCGCAUUUUACUAAUGGUAGAGACAGUCACUCAUCCAGCUUUUCUGAACGAUGCACUGAUUGGCAAACAGUUGAUUUAUGUGAUGACAGUCGACUUUCAUGUGAACUAACCAAGACAAAGACUAAGUCAGAAGAAUCCCUUUCAGAUCUUGCAGGCUCUCUUCUCUCAUUACAGCUUGACUUGGGACCUUCACUUUUGGAUGAGGUCCUCAAUGUAAUGGACAAGAAUAAAUCUUAGAACUGGUACUCCCUUGCUUCUUUAUAAGUGACUCACUUAAACAAAAACAAAAAACCACCAUAGUUCAAAAAGUAGAGACACUUAAAAUUCAGCUGUAUUUGCAGUUGUUUGACGGGUUUUCUAAAAAUAUUCUUAAAAUACUAUUUUUUUACUUGUUGUUUUUCAUGAUUUUUAUUACACUAAAUUCUCAUGGCAGAAAGAUAAAUUUUAAUAAGUUUUCAGCAAAUAUAAAAUGUUUUUAAGUACCAGUAUUAAUGAUCAGAAACUUAAGAAACAGAGUUUGAGGAUGAUACUGAUUGUGACAUUUGGUUAGUUCACUUCUAUGGGCUUCUGAAUAUAUGAGAAUCUCUAAGUGUCAGAA